AUGUCUCGCUUUUUGGUGAUUUUGCUGGUUUUGACAGUGAUUUUCGUCGGACUCACUGUGCAAUUCAGUUUGGACAAAAGAGGUAGGCAAAAUUGUGUUUCGCGCCGAAAAAAAAAUUCAAAAAUUUGGAAUUCUAGGAGCCGCCUGGUUCAUGCGAACAAAUUGGAGACCACCAUCGAAACGCUACAUCCAAGUUUCAGAUGACAAUAAGAAUCCGAGCGGCCUGACUGCCUACGAUCAAUAUUUGCUUUAUUGA